AUGAAGUACGCCCUGACCCUGUUGGCUCCGGCCAUGGCUGCGGCUGUCUCGCUCAAGACCCUCCUUGGCGAGAGCGAAAUCACCCACGAGAUGUACCAGUCCGGAAGAGUUCAUGACGCCGUCAUGCACUACAAGAUGGACGAGUGGGAGCAACGCCGCGCCGACGGAGCAUACAACCAGACCCAGCUCUUCCAGACUCUCCCUGCCCCCGUCAAGUGUGUCAACGGCCAGGCUGUUGUCGUCCCAGGCGACCGCCUGCAGACAUUCCGCUGCAGCAACCUUGAUCUGCAAGACUUCAAGACCCACGCUGAGCUGGGGAGCAGCAGCGGCUCGGGUUCCUCUUCCUGGGGCUGGACAUCUCCGGACGGACGUGAGUUCGGUGCUAUCGGCCAGGCUGAUGGCACUGCAUUCAUCGAGAUCUCCAAGGAGGGUCGGAUCACCUACCUUGGUCGUCUCCCCCAGCAAUCAGUCACCUCGCAGUGGCGCGAGAUCCGAACGGUUAAGAACUACUUCGUGAUCGGAUCUGAGGCGGCGAACCACGGUGUCCAGAUCUUCGACGCCCGCAAGCUCCUGACGGUCACCUCACCCAAGACCUUCAGCACCACCAGCGACAUCUCGCUCUUCAACAGCCUCCCCAGUGGUCGCACCCACAAUGUCGUCUCCCUCGAGGAGAAGAACUUCGCCGUUGCAGUCGGCGCACAACCUCGCACAGACAGGUGCAGGUCGGGUCUGAUCUUCAUCGACCUGUCGAACCCUGCCAGCCCCACGACCCCGGGCUGUGCCCCCGGUGAUGGCUAUGUCCACGACGCCCAGUGCCUGGUCUACCGAGGACCGGACACCCGGUACACCGGACGCGAUAUCUGCUACGGAUACAACGAGGACACCCUCACCAUCUACGACGUCACGAACAAGGCCGCCGCCACCAUCAUCUCCACCACCAGCUACACUGGCGCAUCCUACACGCACCAAGGCGUGGUCCUGGACCCCAACAACCAGGAGUACCUUCUCCUAGAUGACGAACUCGACGAGCAAAAUGGCGCCGGGACUGCGGCCGACGGGUUCCCCGUCACCUAUGUCUGGGACAUCCGCGACCUCCGUGCGCCCAAGCAGACCGGUCAGUACAAGUCGACGGUGAGGUCGAUCGACCACAACCAGUACGUGUACAACGGCCUGUCCUUCCAGUCCAACUACGGCGCGGGUCUCCGCGUCCUCGACGUGUCCUCUGUGCCCCGCGACCCGACCGGCAAGGGCAUCAAGGAGGUGGCUUUCUUCGACGUGUUCCCGGAUGACGACAACCAGCCCGGCGGCGGCCGAGUCGCCUUCACCGGUACCUGGUCGCACUACGCCGGAUACCCGUCCGGAAACAUCCUCGUCAACACGAUCGAGCGUGGCGCGUACAUCGUCAAGAACCCUAAUGUCACUGGACAGAUGAAGGGCCAGUUCGCCUAA